AUGACAUACAGUAAACUGAACGUUCUCCAUUGGCAUAUCGUGGAUGAGCAGUCAUUUCCGAUUGAAAUACCUUCAUACCCAAAUCUGUGGAACGGUUCAUACUCUUAUUCCGAGAGAUACACAAUGUCUGAUGCCAUCGACAUUGUACGGUAUGCUGAAAAACGAGGUGUAAAUGUCUUGGCUGAGAUUGAUGUUCCUGGCCAUGCUCGUUCAUGGGGUGUUGGCUACCCAUCAUUGUGGCCAUCAGAUAGCUGCAGAGAACCGCUUGAUGUCAGUAACAACUUUACCUUCAAAGUUAUUGAUGGUAUUCUUUCAGAUUUUAGCAAGGUUUUCAAAUUCAAAUUUGUCCACUUAGGAGGUGAUGAAGUCAAUACAAGCUGCUGGACUGCAACACCACACAUUAAGGAAUGGUUGAAUAAUAACCACAUGAAUGUGUCGGAUGCAUACAGAUAUUUUGUGUUGAGAGCCCAAAAGAUAGCAAUAUCACAUGGAUACGAAGUCAUUAACUGGGAAGAAACAUUUAACAACUUCGGAGAUAAGUUGGACCGUAAAACCGUGGUGCAUAACUGGUACUUCCUCAAUCAUGAAAAUGGCUCUGUUGGAAACUGUAGAAUAAUACAUGCAUGCACAAAGAAUCAGUAA